CCAUCAAUAAAGUAUCUGCUGAAGCUGCUGCAGCCUGAGUUACUCCACUGGAAGCCGAGAACUGGUCACAGGAACAGGAUCUGAGCUGGUGGUGUGGACAAGAUGGGAAAUGACUACACGUCUCUGCAUAUCUUCACAUUGGUGAUGCAAGGAAUCAUCUGUGUCCUCAGCAUCCUAGGCAAUGGGCUUGUGAUCUGGGUGGCUGGAUUCCGGAUGGCACGCACAGUCACCACCUUGUGUUACCUGAACCUGGCCUUAGCCGACUUCCUCUUUGCUGCCACUCUGCCAUUCUUCAUGGUUGUAAGUGCCAGGAAAGGACAAUGGCCUUUUGGCUGGCUCCUGUGCAAGUUAAUUAACUUCUUGGGGGACACAAACCUGUAUGCAAGUGUCUUCCUCACUGCCUUCAUUGCUCUGGAGCGCUGUAUUUGUGUCUUGUGUCCAGUCUGGGCCCAGAACCACCGCACUGUAAGUCGGACUAUAAAGGUGAUCAUUGUACCUUGGAUUCUUGCAGCAGUCCUUAACUCGCCAGUCCUCAUCUUCUUUACUACACAAGAGCUUCAAGAAAACAAUGUAUACUGUGGCUUUGACCUUGAAAUCUGGGGGAACAUCACUGAAGAAGAGAAGGUGCACAGAUGGCUCACCUCAGUAAAAACCAUAGGGAUCAACCGCUUUGUUGUUGGCUUCACAUUCCCAAUGUCCAUCAUCGCUAUCUGCUAUGGUCUUGUUGUUGUGAAAAUCUGCAAAACAGGCAUAACUAAUUCCCGUCGUCCCUUCUGGGUCCUGACUGCUGUGGUGGCCUCCUUCUUCAUUUGCUGCUUCCCCUUUCAACUGUGUCUUCUUCUGUUUGUAGUUUGGGCCAAAGAGAUAGUGCUUGAAGACAAGCACAAAAUCCUUUUUUACCUAAUGCCCCUAACAAGUCUCCUAGCCUUCUUCAACAGCAGCAUCAACCCAAUACUCUAUGUCUUCCUGCGCAAGGACUUUCAAAAGAAAGUGAUCCACUCCCUGCCAGCCAGCCUGGUCAGGGCCCUAACCAAGGACUCAGCCUUGACCAGUGACAUAACAACCAAAUCUGUUUCACCUCCUACAGAGACCAAUUUACAGAACAUGAGAGGUGAUUGAGCAUAUCAUUGCACUCUGCCAGUAUUAAGCCUGGAAUUAGAUAAAAGUAGCCAAGAGGAACCCGAGGCAGGCUCCAGACUGUCUCAGCAAGGAAGACAGAAAGUACAGAAAGUACAAAGAGUGCUGAACAAGAUAAACCGCCUUGUGCAUGACCUUGUCUUUGCAGAAAAGUAUCCAUUGUUGCAAGCAGAGAACAUAGCCAUGUGUGUUCUCUCGAGAUAGCCAAUUGCUAAUAGCUACGUCUGCUUCUGUAUUUGCUUGCUUGCUCACCCCAAUAAAAACCCUAGGCUAUAAGCGCCAGGCGCGACUCUCAUUUGCAGCCAUUUUGGCACCGUGUCUCCGGACACCCCGAGAGUUCGCCCCUGCGCAGGUAAAACUUUGGCCAAUAAAGUUCCAUCUUAAACUCCUGAAA